ACUUCUAGGAACCGUCUCCGCCCCUUCUCGCCUGAACCCCCUAGUCUCUCGGCGUACCCCACGCCGGUUCGGUCCAGGAAGGGAUGGCACCUGGAGCUGGGGAAAUUUGAUUUUCCCGCAGCCCGGCUGCCUCGGAGCAGAGGAGGAGGCGCUCUCUUAGCCAGUUUCCCAGCUCUGCUCUCCUGCUUGGAGACUAGAGGCAGGCGAGCUUUGGAGCCCGACCACGCAGCCACCUAGAUCCCUGCGUCCCCCACUUUGCCAGCUCGGUUCCCCCUUCCUUCCUCCUCCGUCCCGCCCUCUCCAUUCUCCCAUUCUCCCUUUCAAUCCCCAUCUUCCUCUCCAACACCCCUCUUCCCAUCUCCCUCUCCAGCAGCCCCCUCCUCCUCUCCUUUGCUUCCCCCCUCUCCAUCUCCUUUCCCUCCUUUCUGCCUCCCUUUCUCGAUCCUUUCCCCCACUUCCUCUUCUCAUCUCAUACUCUUAUCUUUCUGUCUCCUACUCUCCAUCUCCCUCUCCCCCCCUCUCUUCUCCACCCCUUUCCCCAUCUUUCUCCUUUCCCUCUCCCAGCUGCUGCUGCUCUCUCUUCCUUUCCCUCUCCACGUCCUGUUCUUCUUUUCUCCUCCUUUCUCCACUUACCCGUUCUCUCUCUCUUCCCACGCCCCUUCUCGUCCUCCUUUUCUCUUCUCUUCUCACCCCUGCUCAUCGCCCCUGGGUUGGACUCAGCUCCCCCCCACCCCACCCCAGCUGCUUCCAGGCUCCUGGGAAGCCCCAGAAGAAGCCCCCCCCCCAAAGGUUUCUUUUUGCCUUUAGGAGUGGGUGGGUGGGCAGUGGUGCUGGGGGCUUAGCCGGGCAAUGGAGCAGCCGGAGGACAUGGCGUCUGUGAGUGAGUUCGACUCCCUGGCCGGCAGCAUACCAGCCACCAAGGUGGAGAUCACCGUAUCCUGCAGGAACCUCUUGGAUAAAGACAUGUUCUCCAAGUCGGACCCAUUGUGUGUGAUGUAUACUCAAGGAAUGGAGAACAAGCAAUGGAGGGAGUUUGGAAGAACAGAAGUGAUUGACAACACACUGAAUCCCGACUUUGUACGCAAGUUUAUCCUGGAUUAUUUCUUUGAGGAGAAACAGAACAUCAGAUUUGAUCUGUAUGAUGUGGAUUCUAAGAGCCCCGAUCUCUCCAAACAUGAUUUCCUGGGCCAGGCUUUCUGUACUCUGGGAGAAAUCGUGGGGUCCCCUGGGAGCCGCCUGGAGAAGCCCCUGACGAUAGGAACAUUCAGCUUGAAUGCCAGGACUGGCAAACACAUCCCGUCAGUGUCAAAUGGUGGUGUCCCUGGGAAGAAGUGUGGUACCAUUAUCUUGUCAGUGGAGGAGCUGAGCAACUGUAGGGAUGUAGCCACAAUGCAGUUCUGUGCCAACAAGCUGGACAAGAAGGAUUUCUUUGGUAAAUCGGAUCCCUUCCUGGUGUUCUACAGAAGCAACGAGGAUGGAACGUUCACCAUCUGUCACAAGACAGAAGUCAUGAAGAACACUCUGAAUCCUGUGUGGCAAACGUUCUCCAUUCCUGUGAGAGCCCUCUGCAAUGGAGACUAUGAUCGGACCAUCAAGGUGGAGGUGUAUGACUGGGAUCGGGAUGGCAGUCAUGACUUCAUUGGGGAGUUCACCACUAGCUACCGGGAGCUGGCUCGUGGGCAGAGUCAAUUCAACAUUUACGAGGUGGUAAACCCGAAAAAGAAAAUGAAGAAAAAGAAAUAUAUGAACUCUGGCACAGUAACACUUCUUUCCUUCGCAGUGGAAUCGGAAUGCACGUUCUUGGAUUAUAUCAAAGGAGGGACUCAGAUCAAUUUCACCGUUGCUAUUGACUUCACGGCCUCCAAUGGCAACCCCUCCCAGUCUACUUCCCUGCAUUAUAUGAGCCCAUACCAGCUGAAUGCCUAUGCCCUGGCAUUGACAGCCGUGGGUGAGAUCAUCCAGGACUACGACAGUGACAAGAUGUUCCCAGCCCUGGGCUUUGGCGCCAAGCUUCCUCCUGAUGGCAGAGUUUCCCAUGAGUUCCCACUGAAUGGCAAUCCGGAUAAUCCCUCUUGCUGUGGCAUUGAUGGUAUUCUCGAAGCCUAUCACCGAAGCCUUCGCACCGUGCAGCUCUAUGGCCCCACCAACUUUGCACCAGUGGUCACUCAUGUGGCCAGGCAUGCAGCAACUGUGCAGGAUGGCUCCCAGUAUUCCGUGCUGCUGAUCAUCACAGAUGGGGUCAUCUCAGACAUGGCGCAGACCAAGGAAGCCAUCGUCAAUGCUGCCAAACUCCCCAUGUCCAUUAUCAUCGUGGGCGUUGGCCAGGCUGAGUUUGAUGCCAUGGUUGAGCUGGACGGUGACGACAUUCGGAUCUCCUCCCGGGGAAAGUUAGCAGAGCGUGACAUUGUCCAGUUUGUGCCUUUCCGGGACUACGUGGACCGAACGGGGAAUCACGUGCUCAGCAUGGCCCGCCUGGCCAGGGACGUCCUGGCCGAGAUCCCUGACCAACUCGUGUCCUACAUGAAGGCUCAGGGCAUCCGUCCUCGCCCACCCCCCGGCCUUCCUGCCAGCACCCCACCCGGGUCUCCUCCACACACCUCCCCCGCCUCCCCCAUGCACACAAACCUCUAAGGACAGGGCAUGGGCAGGGUGGGAAGAAGGGCUCCCUGGGACACGUGGGCGCUCACACACACACAACUGAGCUCCAAAUUGCAGCUGUCAUUACUCCUGGGGUGACCUUUGGUAAGUCACUUCCUCCGGGGAAGGGGUCUGUCUUUCUCCUUUGUAAAUGAGGCCAGAGCCCUUUCCCACUGUCUGCUGAUCCCCGAUGGCCGGGGAUGGAGUCUGACUGGGAGCCCCCAAGCAGAACCCCAGGAUCCCCCCAUCCCCGCGCCUCUGACUGCCGGAUCCCCGGCCUCCCCUCUUGCGGCAGCCCAGCCCAGCCGCCCCGACUCUUCCGUCUGUGCCUCCUCCCUCAGCCCCUGGCCGGUGGCACAAACAUCUGGACCUCCUGAGGAGUGAGCCGAGGAGGGGCUGGGCCUGGGGAGGGGGCUUCCGUGCCAAGGAGCAGAGCGGGGCAAAGCAGGAGCCGCAGCCAGCCCCCGAGGCCGCGCCCCUCCAGAGCCCCCGGCUCUCUGCCUUCUGCCUCCUUUCCCAAAUGAGCAUCCUCGCUCAAGGACUUUCCCUUCCCUAAAGGAUUUCCCAGGAGCUCCAGAGCCCCCCCACCCCCCACCUGCCAGCUUCCCUCCUGACCCAGCCCCUGAGGGGACAGGAGGAGGGAGGGGCUCAGGCCGGGGCACAAUGGAAGGGAGGGCAGGGCUGGGGGCCAGGCCAGCCUUGUGACAAAAAUUUGCCGUAAACAAGAGGAGUAUUCAGGCACCCUCCUGGCGAACCUGACCCCUCUACUUGCCACCCACAGCCCUGCCCUGCCUUUCCUUCCCAUUGCUAAGAUGUUGGCUGACCGUAGCUUAGGUAUGGUAAGGGGACACUUGUGUAAAAUUGUGUGUUGGGGGAGGAGUCAUUGAAGAGCCCCCCCCCCCCCCAAUCAGAUCCAAAGGAAUGAAUCUCUAAUAGUGGAACUUCAGAUCCUAGAAAAGAGAGACAUUCAGUUAUAGAUGCCCCUGAAAGUCUAUCCCCGGACCCCAGGCCAAGCAGAUUUCCCCUCACCAGCGUCGUGUCUUGUGAGCAGCCCAUGCUGCCUUUUGAGUAUGAAGUCCCCCAGCUGUAACCAGUUCAAACGCCUGUGGCUGGAGAAGGGAGCCCCCAGCCCCGCGCCUGCCCCAGGCCGGCAAGGUGUCCUCUGGGUGACUGGUAACGUGAAGAGGCCGGCUCCCCCCCAGCCCCCCUUUGCCCCCAGAUAGGUAGUCGGCGAUGCAUGCCAGUCCACCCCGCUGCAUGGGGCUGCCUGUGCCCACCCAACUCUCAGCCCUCCUCAGACUCCCUUUGCAGAAGCUCCCGCGUGACCCGUGUGCGCCCCAACCCUAGGUCUGCCGCUGGGCCCGCCCCCGGCGCUGUUCUCGUCUGUGCUGUGCAUGAUGGUAGUCCUUCUAAGCCGUGUUGCCCCUUGCUGGAGUCCUUGCUGGAACGUGCUAUGUAUUGGCGAUGCCUUAAACUGAAAUAAACCGAGUCCUUUUAGUAAGA